AUGGUGGCGUCCGACCCCGGGGUCGUGAGGUGGCCCCUCUCGCGGCACGCCGCGAUGUCGGCAGUGCUCAUCAGCCACCUCGGCUCAGGGGAUGAUGCCGCCGCCGACAGGGCCCUGGCAGUGAAGAUCCUCGUUCGCUUCCCCAAGCUCCUAGACUACCCCGCCCCCACUGUCGACACGUCGCUGAAGAGGAUGGCGGAAGGCGGCAUCGCCGGGCUGCUCUUGAGGCGGGUCGUGGAGGUGAACCCGCUCAUACUCGCCCGGGGCAGCACUUUCAUGGACAAGUGCCUGGCAAACGCCGCAGCGCUGGGUGUGGCCCCUGACAAGUACUUCUCCAUGCUCGGGUCAUCGGGCAGCCUGGGAAACUACUCGGAAGCCAGGAUAAAGCAACGCCUGGAGGGGCUCAUGGCCACUUUCGGCUGCAGCCUGGAGGUGGCGCAGGCCGCCGCGAGGAACACGCCCAGCCUCAUCACGACCUCCACCGAGAAGAUCGCUGAGAAGCGAGCAGAGAUCCAGUCCAUCCUCUCCGCCUCCCAAAACCCCGCCUGGCGCGCGUUCGCGACCGAGCGCGUCUCCUCUGGCGGCCGCCUGACCCUCUGGGCGCGCCCCAGCGCGGAGCGGGUCAACCGGCUGCGGUACCUGAUUGAGAGCGGCCAGGACGGCGUGUCGCCGCCGCCAAACGUGGUCCUGGUCUGGAGCGCCACGGAGUGGGCGGAGAGGCAUGGGCCGGGGUUUGCGGCGUGGGCGGCGAAGGGGGGCGCCGGCGGCAAGGCGUAG